AUGACGCGUAGAGUUCCUCCGCAAAGAAAGACUUCGGGAUGUUAUUAUAAUUAUCAGCAUUACGAAGAAUCGGAUAGAAUAAUAACGAACGAGCCAUGCCUCAACUGUACAUGUCACAAUCGAAUGCUGAUGUGCUACCUGAGGGUAUGUCCAUUUACCAAACCGAUCGGAUUAGAUUGCGUAAUCGAGAAACGUGAAGACCAAUGCUGUCCUGUGAUAACUUGCCCGGAAGUGCCAGUAGAAUUAAUGACAUCGACGGCAUCGUCGACCGACGUAGGACAUCUCAAUACAUACGGAUGCAGUAUCAAGAACAAGUUUUAUCCCGAUGGAGCCAGGUUGCCUUCCAAUCCACAUAAUCCAUGUGAAUUGUGUUACUGCAUUAGGAAUUCUACGACAUGCGUUAUGCAAGAAUGUACUUUACAUGUGCCUGGAUGCACACCGAUUUAUAAGAAGGGAUUGUGCUGUCCAGAGCGAUAUGAGUGUGAUCACGAUGAAGAGUUGCUUCAAUUGGAUGAUACUACCACUACUGUCAGACCAACGCCGGGAUACUUAUUGCCAACUACUACGAUAUCUUCAAUAUCACAAUCAUGUAUGCAUAAUAAUGAAGAAUACGCCGAUGGCACUUUAAUAAUAACGGAUAAACCUUGUGAACAUUGCUAUUGCAUGAGAGGAGACAUAGUUUGUGCUGUACAAGAAUGUGGAACUCCUUUAGAAAACGAAGGCAAAAAUUGUACUGCUCUUCCACCAAGAAAUGGCCAGUGUUGCCCCGACACGUACAUUUGUGGCACCCUUCAAGAUGAUGAACAUACUACUCAAUUUGUCGAUCACAGCAUACCCCUUGCAACUGAAGCAUCACCAAUUAGUGAUAAAAACUUGGUGGAUCAAAUGACUGAAAAUAAUGCUUUGUUAACCGAAAAAGACUCAGAAGACAAGGUAGUAGAUCAAUCUAUCUCAACAGAGCAAUAUACCGAAACAGAUAAUGAAGUUCAUCCUCUUGAGACAUUAGAUAAAGACUUACCAAAUUAUACUGCAACAAAACUACCUCCAGAAAGUACAACAGCUAAAGUUUUUAGCGAAGGUUAUGAAAACGAAAAUGAAGUAGAUCAUGAGCACGAUGAUUCUACAGAAAAUCAAGACGCUAUGGCUAUGGCGGGUAUUGUAGAAACUGACCAAAAAAUGCAUUCAGAAAGUCAAGUAACACAUAUGCCACCGGAACUGAUUACAAACAAAUUUUUGGAAUCUACAGAAAAGCCGUCAGAUUCGUAUCCAUCAGACGAAAUAAAUGACACCGACGAAACCGUUCAUGAUUUGAAUAAAGAAAACGAUAAACAUUUUAUAACUCAAUCAGAUGACAAUAUUAUUGAAAUUACUACACUUGCUGCUCAAUCAAUAUCUGAAAAAGAAAAACUCACGGUAGGAGAUAAUACAGCUCCUGAAGAGAGCAAUGCCAAACCAACUGAGAACAUCGAUGAAAUUAAACAAGAAACUGGUCCAAUAGAACAACAAAAUGAAAACGAAUUCAACACUACACCUGGAGAACAAAAUAUAAGUUUUAUUGAAAAGGGAACGCAAACAUCAACACCGGAGACAGAAGACCACGUUAUACAGGAAGAUAUCUUGAGUACACCAAACGAUAUUAUUGAUUCCGAAGGUACAAGUGAUAAGAAAAUAUCUGAAUUAGACGAAGCAUCUUCACCGGAAGACAAGAAAGAAAUCUCGAUGGAUACCUCAACUACGCAAACAUCGGUGGGCGAUGAAACCAACUUACUUGAAGGUGAUGUACAAUCAGUUGAUGAGCAAGGAGAAAUCACAUAUAACACAGAAACGACAUCAUCUCAAAUUUCAGUAGAAAAAGCUGUAGAAACCGAUCAAACCAAUGAAAUGAAGGAAGAGAUCCCAUCUCAAUUGCCUGAAAGUCAGGAUAUGAAACCUUCUGAAGAACAAACUUCAGUUGAUUUAGAAACUGUGACAACUGAGAAUGCAAAGCCUGCUUUAAUUGAAUCUGAUGUACAAUCUGCAUCCGAAGAUGAGAAAAUAUUAGACAUGAAAGAUACUGACAAUAAGGAAGAUUCGAAUGAAAAUAUUUUAGAAGAGUCCAUUACACCAGUUUCAACGGAAGAAAUAUCAGAAAAUAAGGACGAUAUGGAUGAUAAAAAACAAAAUGUUUUGGAUGAAUCUAUAGCAAUCGUAGAACAACCCGAAAUUAGCGAAAAAACUAAAGAAGAGCUAGAAAGUGAAAAUGAACAAAAAGAAGCGAAUGAAGAGAAACUGGAUGAUAGCAAAGAUGAGCAAUUACAUAUUGAUGAUCUACCACACCAAACUGAUGCUAGUACAAAUGUAUAUAAUAAACCUGAUUAUACAACUGAAAAACCUCUAUUAACUGAUGAUGAUAAUCUACUUCAAAUACCUGAAAAAUCUUCAGAAAAUCAAAUCUCUGAGUUAGACAAUAGAAUUAAUUCUGAAUCUGUACCAACAGAUCAAGAUAAAACUUAUAUAAAUGAAAAGGAAGAGACAGAUUUAAAUCAAGAUAUCGUUGAAAGUUCGACAAAACAUGUUGACGAAGGAGAUUAUGAAAGUUUACCAGAAUCAACUGUUUCAGAAGACAGCAUUUCUCACUCAUCGAGUGAAGCAGACGUUGAAGAUGUUCAAUCCAUUUCAGAUAAUUUAUCACAUAUUCCAACCACGGAGGAAAAUUUGAAAAAUAUGGACGAUGAGACAAAUAUGAAAGAUGAUAAAGAAACAGACAUGAAUAAUACAGAAAAAGAAAAAAUGACUGAAAAUAACGAAAACUUAGAUUCAAUCCUUGAACCUGCAGGGGAAACUGAUACCAUUAUAUACAAUACUGAAAAGAAUGAAGAAAUGGAGCAAACUGUAACUGAAAAAGACAAUUAUUCUGAAAAGGAUAAUGAGCUCGAAAUGCAUACAUCUGAAAAAUUGCAUGAGAGUGCGACAAAAGAAAGUGAAAUUGAAGAAACAAAACUGGAACAACUUGACGAAAAAGAUGAGGAAAAAAUUGAUUUAGAGGAAAGUAGUAAGGCUACUCCUAGUUCAUUAGAUAAUGUGGAACAAUUGAAUAAUGAUGUUGUAAUAGAUGAAAGCAAAAAUGAAAAUGAGAUGAAAGAUGUAAGUGAUAUCGACAGUCAGGUUGAGCAACAUGUGACUAGUUCAGAUGAUAUUAAACCGCAGGAACUCGAUUCUCAAACACCAUCAGGAAUUCAAGGUUCUGAGCAAACCACCGAAGAAUUGUAUUCUGAAUCACAUAAAGUGCAUGACAGCACCGAAAAAUUAGAAGAAGAAAUUUCUGAAUCUGCAUCGCAAUCAUACCCAGCAGAACCGGCGGAUAAAUUGCCAGAAGAAACGGAUGAACAUAAAGCCGAAGAUGAUGAAAAUAAAUUGAAUGAAGAAAAAGUAGAGAUAAUGUCUCAAGAUAUAGAACAACAUCAUGAUACGAAAGAAGAUUCGAAAAUUCCAUUCGAAGAAACGUCUUCAACACAGGAUCAAAAAGAAAGUGAAGAAGAUAGUCCUAUUCAAACUAUUCAAAUACCAAGUAAGGAACAAAUUCCAAUAGAUAAGGAAGAAGAAGUGUCUGAUAUCAAAGAGCAACAUACUGAAGGCCCAACAACUUCAAUUGAUGAAUCAAAACAUGACGAGCCUCUAGUUUUAGAUGAAAAUUUGCCCACUGCCCAUAUCAUUGAUGAAGAACUUACAAAACAAGAUGCAUUACCUGAAAAGGAUGUAGAGUCUCAUACAGAAAAAGAAGUGCAGUUCCAAACCUCUACAACAUUGGAUGAAAAUAAUUUAGGCAGUACUUCUUCAUCUAGCACUGAAGAAAAUGCUAAAACUGAACAUGAUUCAUUAACAAAACAAAAACCAGGGUCAGAAAUUGAAUACAACAACGAAGAAGAUGUAAGUACUAUACUGAGCAACGAUGACAUCAAGAAUGAAGAACACACUAUUACAGAAAGCAGCGUCCCUGGAGAUAUUAAUGAAUCUUAUGUCAAGCCUACUCAAUUAUCAGAAAUAUCAACAUCUUCUACUGAAGGUAAAACGAACGAAGUAACUGAAGAUCAAGUAACUGAAACUGCGGUUUCUCCCGAUUUUAAUGUUAUCAAGCCAGGUGAUAAAGAAACCGAAGUAGACAGUGAUGAAAAGACGAAUAUUCAAGAAGAAGAAACUCACAGUUCUUUAGAAGACACAUCUGUAACCGAAAGUGUAGAUGAUGAAAAGCAAUCCGAUAUUCAGAAACCUAUCAGCGAUGAAAAGAUAUCUGAAACAAAUGAACAAGAAAUUGAAUCCGAUGUUCAGAAACCUAUUAGCGAAGAAAAUAUACCCGAAAAAGAUGAACAAAUAAUGGAAUCCGAUGUUCAGAAACCUAUCAGCGAUGAAAAGAUAUCUGAAAUAGAAAAACAACAAACUGAAACCCCAUCAACUGAAAUUUCUGAGAGUCAAACAGAAAGCACAAAUGAUGAUAUAAAACAAUCGUCAGAUGAUCAAAAUUCUGCUAUAACAAAUCAGGAUGAAAAAUUGGCAGACAGCAAACCAACUAACGAUAAGGAAUUUGAUGAUAUUAGCAUGAGCAUUGUUACAGAAAUAAGCGUACAUGAUGAAAAUGCUGUAACUCAACAAUCAGGAGUUCACGAAGAAACUGAUGAAGAUAAGCAAGGUCAAAUCUACUCUACUGCUAAGCCAUUAUUAGAUGAUUCAAUUAACGAACACGAUUUAGAUAACUCUCACAUUGAGUCUUUAGAAGAUCAAUCUCAUUUAACAUCUAGUCCAUUAUCAGACAAUCUCCCUUCAAAUAACCAGGACGAUUCCGUUUCAACUGCAAAGCCAUUAUUUGAGGACCAAUCGUCUGACGAAACGACUUCUAAAUUCACAGAACCUGUUGAAAGUCAUGACGAUGAAUUACCUUCAACUAAAUCUCCAUUAACGGAAAGUUUGGAUUCGAAUGAACAAAAUAAAGAUGCACAAACUGACGAAAAUAAUGUAGAUUUUAAUUCUCAAUCUACCUCUGGACCAUUGUUAGACUCUUUGCUUCACAAUAAACCAACAGUUCUUCCAGAUGCUGAAAAAACUAAAAACGAUGACUCUAAACCAUCCGAAGAGCAUCAAACUACUGUUGAAGAUGUUACAGACUUAUUGGAAACUAAAAUACCUGAUGUUAGUGAAUCUGGAGAACAAAUCAAAGAUCCAUCUGACGAUGUAAAAUCAGAAUUAGAUCAAAAUCUUACAGAUAGCUCACACGACAGUGAACCAUCUACUGAAGAAAAUAAAGAUUCUGAAUCAGAACAACAUGAAUCAAAUGAAAUUCAAUCUACAACUGCUUCAAUAUCAAGUAGUGAAGCAGCUACACAAGAAUCGGAUGGUCCAAUUUCAGCUGAGCAAACUAAAGAAACACCGGAUAAAUCUGAAGAUGAAGAUGAUUCUCACCCGAUAUUAGAAUCAUCAUCAAUUAAAUCACCUGUUGAGAUACAAGAUAACGAUAGCUUGGAUUCAGUGACUUCAGAUAUAGAUGCAUCUCACUCAACUUCGAGACCAACUGUAGCUAGUUCUGAUAUGCCCGAUACGUUGGAUGCUGAAAAGUCGGUAGAUGAUAAACCAACAUUGGCUCCUGAAUCAACGCAUAUUAACUUACCUACUGAUGAAAAUAAUGAUGCUGUAUCACAAAUUGAUGAAAAUAUUGAUGCAAUAUCAGAUAAUAAUAAGAUUCAAGUAACUACAUAUAGUUCCAAUAUUGAAACAGAAGAAAAAGAAUCGACAAAACUUACUACCCCUACUCAUCAAACCGAUUUAUCUGAUUCUCAGAUAACAGAACCAAGUGAUAAAAAUUCACUUCUUUCAGAAGAUCAAAACGUAGAUGCUACGACGCCUGAACAAGAUAAAGAAGAACUAGUUGAAGAGGAUGAAGAUUUACUACAAUAUAAGCCAGCUGCAAUACCAGGAGAAGGUUCAUGUUUAGUGGAAGGUGUAACUUAUGCAAAUAAUACCUCUAUUCCUUCGAAUAAUAAAUGUCAAAUUGGGUGCUUCUGUUUGAGUAGCGUUAUAAAAUGUGAUGCAAUCAAUUGUGCGCCGCCUCCACCCAAUAUGGUUAGAUGCCAACCAGUAUAUCACGGGCUUGAUUGCUGUCCCACUUAUGUGUGUGAAGGUUUUGAACAAGUUACCUUAAAAUCAGACAGUUAUAUGGCAGAAACUCAUGUUACCAGAUCGCCAAGCGAAAAUGACAUUUCAGAUAACGCAAGCACCGCUGUUGUAGAUCAUCGUCCAGAAGAGUCAGAUCAUCAUACGGAAGAACAAACUAAAGAGGCAACUUCGGAGGGAUAUUUGGACGAGAUGCAAACUCAUAAGUUAGAUGACGUUGCAACUGCCGCUCCGGAAAUGCAAUCGGAACCAUUGCCGACAAGCAUUAGUUCAGAAAAUAUUGAUAUAAAUGAUAGAAUACAAUCUGAAAACAUGACAACAUCAAAGGAUGAUUUAUCACAACAAGAAAUUUUGCCAGCUCAUUCCCACGAUGAUAGCAUUGCAGAUAUUUCUACUGAAAAUGAUAUUAUUUCAGACGCGGAGGAACAUGAAAAAGAAAUCAUAUCUGAAACAAGUACAAAGGAUACUACAAAACUAGUAGAAGACACAAAAGUUGAAUCACCAGAUAUUGAAAAACCAGAUUCAGAAGAUAGUUCAAUUGAACCUGAUUACGCACAAAGAACACUUACUGCUACUAGUCCAAAUGUGUCGGAUCCUUCCGAUGACCACCACAAAGACGAGAACGUUGAUAAAACUGAUAAACCUGAAGUAUCUCAAGUGUUACAUGCUGAUGAUGAAGUCGGUUCAGAUGAAGAAGCAAACGUUGAUAGUCAUUCCAUAUCUGAUGAAUCUUUAACAGUUGACGAUCACAUAGAUGAUCUGCAUAAAGAACCCGAAAUCAUGGAGGAGCACAUUGAGCAUGAUCACAAUAUUCCAGAACACGAUCCGUUCUUGCAAAACCAUACUUUAGUCGAUGAAUCCACUGGCGAUGAACAUUUAGACAACCAAUUUCCUCAACCGUCUUAUGGUCAAGAUUAUGAAGACGAAAACGAUGAACAAGACGCUGCUUUUGGCCCGGGUACUUGCCGAUAUGGAGGAAAGGUUUACGUUAGCGCUCAGCAAAUUCCAAGAGAUGAUCCCUGUGAUUUCUGUUUCUGUUUCCGCAGUGAUAUAAUUUGUCUGCAACAGAGCUGUCCGCCUCCAAUUCGAGGUUGCCAUGAAGAACCAAUAUCCGGUUUUUGUUGUCCAAGAUACGAAUGUCCUGUAUCAAUGGCAACUGUAUUAAAUGUAUCGACGACUACGACGACGACGACAACGACGCUGCCGCCGCACUUCUCGCAUCACGCCUAUAACGGCGCUGCGACCAAAACGGGUUGUCAAAUAGGCGGUCAGGCGUACACUGUAGGAGAGGUUGUACGUAGCGCCAGUGGGCCAUGUCUUCAUUGCAUAUGCGGAGGAGACGGGCAAAUGCAGUGUGAACCUAAAGUUUGUAGUCCAGAACCAAUGCUGAGGCAAAUGAUUGCUGCAGCGUCGAGCCGCCGAAGAAGAUGAAGAUUUUUAAAUCCUUAAUUAUUUUACUAAAUUAUGAUGUGAAUUUAUCGCAAAUUUAUUGCAUAAACUUUAAAUUAAAGCUUAACGAUAGCCAGUGCCAUGGUAUACGUGAUGAAAAAUUAAGCAAUUAAUAUUCAAACAAAAUCUCUCAGUAAUCAAAUGCGGAAGUAACCGAACUGAGUUUUUAUUCAAAUAUAUAGCAGUACUUCUUAUUCUGACAUUCGUGAAGAAACGCCUCUUAAGAGCGUAUUAUGU